AUGGAGAACAGACAUGGAUCUAGGCAGUUAGUACCUCUGGAGAAGGAGGUGAUAUCUGGUAUUUCAUCCGCUUUUAUUACUUCUUUUGUCGUGCAUCCACUCGAUCUAGUCAAAUUAAGAUUACAAUUAUUGCCUGUACAGAAACCAACUCCUAGACUGAACACCUAUCGUUACGUGCUGAGGAGCUUGUUUAAAGAUAACAAGGGGAUCAGUGCAUUAUAUAGAGGACUUGGCAUAAAUCUAAUUGGUAAUUCUGUAGCAUGGGGGCUCUAUUUUGGGUUUUAUAGAUUCUCAAAAGAUUUUUUGAAGCAAAAUACUAAUUUCAAUAAUGACUCUUUAAUUUAUUUAACUUCUGGUACCAUGAGUGGUCUAAUCACUUCGUUGUUAACGAACCCAAUAUGGGUGAUAAAGACUAGAAUGAUGGCCACUAAUAGAUCGCAGGCCAUCUCGAAUCGUACUAUCUUAAGUUCUGUGAAAUCUAUCAUUAAAAAUGAAAGUUAUAAGUCUUUCUCAAAAGGGUUACUACCUUCACUGUUGAGUGUGUCACAAGGUGGUAUAUAUUUCAUGGUUUAUGAUACAAUCAAGAAGAAAUAUGGUUUGGAGAAUGAUUUCAAGAACUAUCAAAUAAUAUUGACAUCUUCCUGUAGUAAAAUGGUGUCUGUAUCAAUUGUUUACCCAUUACAAGUGAUUAAAUCGAACUUACAGAGUCCGCAGGGAAGGAAUUUUCAUUCUUCGAUGAAAUUAAUGGCACAAAUUUACAAUUUAAAUGGUUUGCAUGGUUUGUAUAGUGGAUUAGCAACAAACUUAUUCAAGGCUAUUCCAACAACUUGUUUAACUUUCUGUCUGUAUGAGAACUUUAAAUAUAUUCUAUAA